AUGUCGCCCUCCAACCCCAUCAUCCCUGGCUUCUCGCCCGAUCCGUCCAUCGUCAAAGUCGGCGAGUGGUACUUUCUUGUCAACUCCACUUUUCACAUGUUUCCUGGUAUUCCCGUCUACGCCUCCAAGGAUCUUGUGUCGUGGAAGCAUAUCGGAAAUGUUAUUAGUAGACCGGGACAGGCCAUUCUAAAACAGUCAGACACUGAAGUCAACCGUAUGCCAGAUGUUGGUGAAGUCAUGCUCGCGACUGGUGGCCUUUUUGCACCAACAAUUCGCUAUAACAAUGGUACUUUUUACGUUGUUUGCACGAAUGUUGUGAGAGCGACGGAGGAUACUCGGUAUGCUCUGCAGAACUUUAUUGCGAGAACCCGAGACAUCUGGUCAGGUCAAUGGGACGACUUGAUCUGGUAUGACUUUGAUGGUAUUGAUCCCAGCAUCCUGUUUGAUGAUGACGGAAAGACAUAUAUCCAGGGCUCCAAGUCACCUGGUCCGUACACGAGAAUCGCCCAGUUUGAGAUUGAUAUCACGACGGGCAAGAAGUUGUCUGAAGAGAAGAUCCUCUGGGAGGGGACAGGUGGUGUUUACCCUGAGGGACCGCAUAUCUACAAGCGAAAUGGCUGGUACUGCCUCAUGAUUUCUGAGGGAGGAACCCACGAGGACCACAUGAUCACCAUGGCCAGAUCCCGUAAUGUCUGGGGUCCUUACGAGCCAUGCCCUGAGAACCCCAUCUUAGUCCCGGCAAGCAAAGACAUGUACAUCCGGCACACAGGCCACUGCGAUGUCUUUGAGGACGAAAACGGUCAAUGGUGGGGAGUUCUUCUCGGAGUCCGCAGAGAUAAAGAUGGGAGAUACAACAUGGGACGAGAGUCACAUCUCACGCCUGCAAAGUGGACCGAUGAUUGGCUCCGCCUUGAAUCAGUCGAGGCUGAAAUCAACACAUCCCGGCUCGCGAGUGCAAACGCAGAGCAGGGAUUGACAGCAGUGGAGGGCGUGGAUUUCCUGUACAUCCGAGACCCAGUUUUGGAGAACUACAAGAUUGACAGCGGAAGCAAGACGAUCAGUGUAACAUCAUCGUCUGUCGAUCUGUCGCACCCGCGGGAAUCACCUAGUUUUGUGGGUAAGAGACAGCGUCUGCACGCAGGUCAAAGCAGCGCUACAUUCAAGAUCAGCGCAUCCUCAAAGGUCAAGACCGGGCUGGCAGUUUACAAAGAUGAACACCGUUGCUUGCGGGUCUCUUACGACACCGCUGAAAGAGCGGUCGUUUACGAAUUCGUCAAUAAUGCCAAGGAUCUCAAAAAGACGGAACAGCGCGCGCUGGACAGGGAUAUUGACACCAUCCAAUUCCGCUUUGAGUACACUGAGCAGGAAUAUCGGGUAUUCUAUACAACCGGUACAGACUGGGAGCAUGUUGCGACGCUUGAUACGCUUGAUACGACCGGCCCAGACUUUGUAGGUCCCGUCAUCGGCGUGUUCGCCUUGGCGCAGGAGAAUGUCACGGUUGAAGUCGUCGAUCUGCAGGUAGAUGUUGAUCCCUUCUCAGAUCUUCACUCACAGUCUCUGGUGAAAGCUACAGGCAUCAUGGGUCUUCUCACUCCUCCCCAGCGGACCCAAAAGGUCAUUCCUGAUAAGCCAGCCAAAGGACAUUUCUUCUUUGCUGGCAAGGAAUUUGCUCGUGUACCUUGGUGGAAGAGGCCUAACAUGCGCAUUUUGUACUUUUAUAUUGUUAUUCUCAUUCUUACCAACACUGCCAAUGGCUUCGAUGGUUCUAUGAUGAACGGUCUUCAGACCCUAUCCUACUGGCAAGAGUACUUUAACCACCCACGAGGUUCCAUCCUCGGUCUGUUCAACGCCUCCAUGAGUCUUGGUUCUCUUAUUGGACUGUUUGUUGUGCCUUAUCUGGUUGAUUGGGCUGGCCGUAAGGUUGGUGUGCAGAUCGGUUGUAUUCUUAUGCUGCUCGCUGUUGGUCUCCAGGCUGGAGCUCAGAACUUUGGCAUGUUUGUUGCGGCACGUAUCAUUCUGGGUUUUGGUGAUUGCAUCGUUCUUGGAUCGGCGCCUCUGCUCAUCGCUGAGAUCGCGCAUCCUCAGGAUCGUGCUAUUCUCGUGACGUUGAGUGGUGCUUCUUACCACUCGGGUGCUUUCAUUUCUAGUUGGGUUACAUACGGAACACUUCAGAUCAAGAGCAACUGGUCCUGGAGACUUCCUAGCCUUCUCCAGUCUAUCUGUAGUGUCGUCAUCCUCAUCGGAAUCUUCUGGAUGCCCGAAAGUCCCCGUUGGCUCCUCAGCAAGGAUAAGCACGACGAAGCUCUCAAAGUCCUCACCCACUACCACGCUGAAGAUGACCCCGAUGAUGAGUUCGUCCAACUCGAGUUCAGUGAGAUCAAGGCCGCUAUCGCCCUCGACAAGGAGGUCGGACAGACAGCCUGGGUCGACUUCCUCAAGACUCCUGGCAACCGUAAGAGAAUUGGUCUCAUCACUGCCCUUGGUUUCUUCAGUCAGUGGAGUGGCAACGGUCUGAUCUCUUACUACCUCAAGGGUAUCAUGGAUGCUGUCGGUAUCACCAAGGCCGAGACUCAGCUUGGUAUCAAUGCGGGUAUGAAGACACAGGGCUUGAUCAUCAACACAGCCUUUGCAUUCUUCAUUGAUAUUUUCGGUCGUCGACCUAUCUAUCUUACCUCGACUAUCGGAACUUGCGUCAUAUUCACUUUCUGGACCAUUGUUUCGGCACGAUAUGACAUCGACCCCAACAAGGCCCUCGGCUACGCCUUUGUGGCUUUGACCUUUAUUUAUGGUCUUUUCUACGACAUUAAGUCUGGUCUCAUGGCCAACUACACCACUGAGAUUCUGCCCUACGGUCUUCGUGCCAAGGGUUUCACAUGGCUCAACUUCUGUGUCACCGCCGCGCUCUUCUUCAAUCAAUACAUCAACGGCAUUGCUCUCGAGGCUAUGGGCUGGAAGUACUACACCAUCUACUGCGUCUUCCUCGGUUUCGAGGUAUAUGUCAUUUACUUCUUCCUCAUCGAGACCCGCUACACGCCUAUGGAAGAAAUCGCUAAGUAUUUCGAUGGCGAUGCGGUUGAUGUCGGUGAGGUUGCUAGGGCUGAUAUGAAGGAGAGAGGUGUCAUGAUGACCGAGGUGGAUUCUAAGGGCCCUCGUGCUACUGAGAUUGAGAGUCGCUAG